AUGGCUGAGGAUAUCGCUAUUGACAGCAACGCCUUUUUCAGUCGCCUCUCCAGCUUCUAUGCAUCCUGGAAGGCUGAUAAGCGCUCUGGAAAUGCUCUCUUCGGCAAUGCAGGAUCUAUGGUGAUCCUCAUGGGCAAGACUGACGAGGAGAACUCAUUUCAGAAGAACAAUGCAAUGCAUUUCUGGCUGCUCGGAUACGAAUUUCCAGCCACCCUUUUCGUUCUCACAACCGAAGCGAUAUACGUGGUCACCACAGCCAAAAAGGCGAAGCAUUUGGAAUCACUGAAGAACGGCAAGAUUCCAGUUGAGAUUUUGGUCACCACUAAAGAUCCAGAGUCCAAGACAAAGGCGUUCGCGAAGUGCAUUGAAGUUAUCAAAACGGCAGGAGGAAAAGUUGGUACCUUCCCCAAGGACACAGCUUCGGGCCCCUUUGCGGAUGAAUGGAAAAAUGCCUUUGCGGCUGUCUCCAAAGAAAUUGAAGAAGUCGACAUCACACCUGCGCUUUCGGCUGCAUUUGCCAUCAAGGAUUCCGAUGAAUUGGUAUCCAUUCGCAAUGCCUCCCGAGCAUGCAGUGGUCUGAUGUCGGAAUACUUUGUGGACGAGAUGUCUCGUUUGCUCGACGAAGAACAGAAAAUGACACACAAGGCGCUGGCUGCAAAGGUUGAUGCAAAGAUCGACGAUGCCAAGUUCUUCAACAAGUUGGCACGCCUGCCGGCGGAGUUUGAUGCUCAGCAGAUUGACUGGGCUUACGGGCCUGUGAUCCAAAGCGGAGGUGCAUACGAUCUCAAGCUCACAGCCAAAUCGGAUGGCAAGACCCUCGAGCCUGGAAUCAUUCUAUCCAGCUUCGGAAUUCGUUACAAGACGUACAGCUCACUCAUAGGGCGUACCUACCUCGUUGAUCCGACCAAAUCACAAGAAGCCAAUUAUGCUCUGCUGCUGAGUCUCCACGAGGCAACUAUGAAGGAAAUCCGAGAUGGAGUGGUCGCUAAAGAUGUCUACAACAAAGCUAUUGGCCUCCUUCGCACCAAAAAGCCUGAGCUUGAAGCGCAUUUUGUGAAGAAUAUCGGCGCAGGCAUUGGAAUCGAGCUCCGAGACGCCAACAUGGUUCUCAACGCCAAAAACAACCGUGUUCUGAAGAACGGCAUGACGCUCUCUAUCACAAUCGGACUGACCGAUGUGAAGGAUGCAGAUUCGAAGAAUGCCAAGAACGGUGGUUAUUCUAUGGUCAUCACUGAUACAGUCCGCGUGGGAGACAAUGGACCUCACAUCUUCACCAAGGACGCAGGUAUUGACAUGGAUUCCAUCUCGUUCUACUUUGGUGACGAGGAAGAACCCGAAAAGCCAGCCAAGGAAAAGAAAGAGAACAAGUCCAGCGCCAUCGCGAACAGAAAUGUCACACGAACGAAGCUGCGCGCUGAGCGACCAACACAAGUCAACGAAGGAGCGGAAGCCCGGCGUCGUGAGCACCAAAAAGAGCUGGCCUCGAAAAAGACCAAGGAGGGCUUGGAGCGUUUCACAGGUACUACCGGAGAUGAGAACGGAGUUGCACAGAAGAAGUUUAAACGCUUCGAGUCUUACAAACGUGAUAACCAACUUCCCGCAAAGGUUAAAGACCUGACGGUAUACGUUGACCUCAAGACUUCAACUGUCAUUGUGCCUAUCAUGGGCCGGCCAGUCCCCUUCCACAUCAACACCAUUAAGAACGCCAGCAAGAGUGAUGAGGGAGAGUACGCAUAUCUCCGUAUUAACUUCUUGUCUCCGGGUCAAGGUGUCGGCAGAAAGGAUGACCAGCCAUUUGAGGAUUUGUCCGCUCAUUUCGUCCGCAACCUUACCCUCCGCUCUAAGGACAACGAUCGACUUGCACGGGUUGCCCAGGAUAUCAGUGAACUGCGCAAGAAUGCUCUGAGACGUGAACAGGAAAAGAAGGAAAUGGAGGACGUUGUCGAGCAGGACAAAUUGGUUGAGAUCAGGAACCGCCGUCCCGUGAAGCUUCCAGACGUCUAUCUUCGGCCUCCAUUGGACGGCAAGCGUGUGCCGGGAGAGGUCGAGAUCCACCAGAAUGGUCUGCGGUACCUGUCCCCCUUCCGCAAUGAGCACGUCGACGUCCUUUUCAGCAACGUCAAGCAUCUAUUCUUCCAGCCUUGUGCCCAUGAAUUGAUUGUCCUCAUUCAUGUGCACCUCAAGACACCCAUUAUGAUUGGCAAGAGAAAGACCAAGGACAUUCAGUUCUACCGCGAGGCAACAGAAAUGCAGUUCGAUGAAACAGGAAACCGUCGACGCAAGCACCGCUAUGGAGACGAGGAGGAGUUUGAGGCCGAGCAGGAGGAAAGACGCCGCAGGGCCGCGUUGGAUCGAGAGUUCAAGGCGUUUGCCGAGAAGAUUGCCGACGCCGGCAAGGAUGAGGGCGUCGACGUCGAUAUUCCCUUCCGAGAGAUUGGAUUCACUGGUGUUCCAAACCGGUCCAAUGUUCUGAUCCAACCGACCACAGAUGCUCUGGUCCAGCUGACCGAGCCUCCCUUCACCACGGUCACAUUGAACGAAAUCGAAAUUGCUCAUCUGGAGAGAGUUCAGUUCGGACUCAAAAACUUCGAUUUAGUAUUUGUCUUCAAGGAUUUCCGCCGGGCUCCGGUUCACAUCAAUACUAUUCCGGUUGAAGCUCUGGAAGGUGUGAAGGACUGGCUUGAUUCAGUUGACAUUGCCUUCACCGAGGGACCGCUCAACUUGAACUGGACUACGAUCAUGAAAACAGUUGUCAGCGAUCCUUUCGGCUUCUUCUCAGACGGUGGUUGGUCCUUCCUGUCCGCCGAGUCAGACUCCGAGGGCGAUGAUUCGGAGGAGGAGUCUGCAUUCGAGUUGUCUGACGAGGAGCUUGCGGCUGGAGACGAGAGCUCUGAAGAAGAUAGUGAGUUCGAUGACGACGCGAGUGCCGAUGCUAGCGAUGAAGAAUUCAGCGGCGACGAGGAGAGUGGUGAGGAUUGGGACGAGCUCGAAGAGAAGGCUAAGCGUAAGGAUAAAGAAGACAACGACGACAGCGAUCGUGGAACCAAGCGCAAGCGUUAA